GUUAAAAGAUGGCUGGACUUCAGUGACUGUAUAAUGUAUAUUCUUUGAGCUCAUUCAGGUUUUAUUCUUGUUUUGAAAAAAACCUCUAUAAUAAUAAAUAUAAAAUGAGGGCUAAAGUUAGCUAUAUAUUAGUUUGGCCUAAUUUUAUAGCCUACUUCAUAUAACUAAUAAAAUAGAUAGGCUUAGAUUAGGCUUCAAACUAGCUAACUAGGGCUUCGGCUUAGGCUUAGGCUUACUUUUACUAAGGACAGAUCAAGCCACUUUUUACUUGCUACUUUAACUUUUAUUUUUAACUUUACCCAGUAUUCUCAAAGUUGAUGGCAAUGGUUUUGUUUGAUUUUUUCUACAUCACAACUUUUAGACCUUAAAAAUAAAGGACAGGGCCUAGCUUAGACUCAGACCUGUUUACUCUUACGAUUUUGGGUACAAUGUACGAUUUUGAGGUUAUAAAUUAUAUAUACUACAUGCUUAUUUUUUACUAUUAAGAUAAUGUAUUGAACAAUUUUGUGAUGAUAUUGUACGAUUUUAAGAGUUUGAGUGUAAACAGGUCUGUAGACUUAGACAAAUUAUAAUUUUUUGUAAUACAUUAUAAUACAAUAUUACUAUUAAUUAUUAAUAAUAAUAUUACUACUACUCACAGACUACUGACUACUGCUUGUAUUAUUAGUUAGAGCUGUCGAAUAGGCACUGGAACCGCUGGGGCAGGGGCUUCGGAUAUUUAACUUUUUAAGGUCCUAAGCCCAAAGUUGUGAUAUGGCAUGGAAUGGAAAAAAAAAUGUUUUGAAUGCAGGGGGUCCAAAACCAAACAGAAACAGUAGCAAGGGGCCUCAAAAAGUCAUGUGACGGCUCAGCUACUACUACUAGUUGAGCUGGUAAAGUCCUAGGUCAGGUAGUUAAAGCCUGCUUACCAUCCAAAAUACAUUUUUCAAGUCCUUUAUGAACGACACACUAAUUAAUAACCACUAGUCCUAUUAGUAUUAACUAUAGACUAUAGUGUAGGGACCUCGGUAUUGACCGGAAAUACCUAAAAAACGGGUAUCGUAAUUUCGUUGUCAAAAUGGCUACCUCCACUUUUUAAUUUACUGAGGGUAUCAUUGUUUCGCCUUUUAUAGUCGAUUAUAUGCACAAUAAUAAAUUCUACGUCUGCCAAAUACUUAAAGCCGACAUCUUGCUUGUUGUAUAGAGAGUUCGUUUGAUUUUUUUUUUCAAGGCUAAAGCUUUUAAAAUUGAAAUUAAAAAUAGGGAAACUUCACUCAUCAAUAACUUUUAAAAAAAAAAAUGGUUUCUUUAAUUAAAAAGGGUUUCUUUAAGUUAUAGGGUCAUUUAUAACAUAUCCAAAAUUCAUGAGUGUAGACCAUCGGCAGGCUUCAAAAACUAAAAUCUAAGAGGUCAUGUUUUUAGGCUAUGUAAUUUGUCAUCAUGGCCACCAUGCUUGUCUGCUUAUUUGAUAGCAGCCGUGGGGUAGUUAAAAAUUCAUUAAAUUUGUUUUACAGAAUAUAAAUGUGAAAUAUAAAUAUUAAUAAAUCAGUUAAAUAAAUAAAACAAUGUUUUAUAACAUAAACAAUUAUUAUUGGCUUAUGAAAUAUCAGUGUUUUUAAAAUUUAGGGGUUGUUUGCCAUGGACUUGGGAUUGAUAAUCACUUGUAUUUGAUUUUGAUUUAGAAUAGGCUUAGUUAAAAUAUAAUAUUAUAAUAGUAGUAAUGAUUUGGUGAGUGCGAUAAAUAGCUUAAUAAAUAAUACAUUAUAUUAGUUUAUAUAUUAUUAUAUGAAAAUAUAUAGGCCUAUAUAUUAUAUAUAUAUAUAUAUCUUUAUAUGUAUAUAUAUAUAUAUAUAUAUAUAUAUAUAUAUAUCUCUUUAUAUAUAUAUAUAUAUAUAUAUAUAAUAUAUAUAUAUAUAUAAUAUAUAUAUAUAUAUAUAUCUUUAUAUGUAUAUAUAUAUAUAUAUAUAUAUAUAUAUAUAUAUCUCUUUAUAUGUAUAUAUAUAUAUUUAUUUAAUAUAUAUAUAUAUAGAAUAUAGGCCUAUGAGCUCAGCAUAAUAUAUAGUAUAGUCCUAACUCCAACCAAAUUUAUUAUUUGUAGGGCUUAUUGUAAAAAGGUAUAUGUAAUGAAAUUUUACGCUAUAUAAUCAUAUUAUGAUUCUGAAGGCAUAAAAUAAGUAAAAAUGUAAAAAAUGUUCACUUACCUUUGGUAUUGAAAUUUCCUAUAUUUAAUCACAUAUCACAAAUAUUCCACAAGAAAGAGAAUUAUAGUAUAAUCCUAAUUAUUUGCUUAGAAAAAACACACUUUCUGCAACAAUAAUCAAGGAUUUCUUAAGAUAUUAUUAAAGAACAAUCAUACAAACUUGUACUUACCUCAAGGAAAUGACUAUAAAUUAUUUUAAUUUUUAUCAACCGCAAAAGUUUUAAUCUUACAAUUCAUGUUGAUUUGUGAAGCAACAUAUGACUAACUUAAAAUAAAUGACAUACUAAUUUUUUGUCAUAUUCAUGUAGGACUAAAAUACAUUUAUAGAAAAUGGUAAAAUAAAAUGUGUACGGGUAAUCAUCAAUUUUAACUAAAUGAAACAAAUAAUCAAUUUAUUAUUUAUUUAUACUUAUAAAUGUUAAACAAUUCCUCUGAAAAUGUAAAAUUAAUAUGUCAAGAAUAUUAUGAUUAUAAGUUUUGGGAAAUUUAAAAAAAAAAUAUUUAAACAUUUUUAAUAGGAAAAAAAUAUUUUUUUUCCCUAAAUUUUUGUGGCAUAUUAACAAAAGCUAACUUACAUUUUGUCGCUUUAUUUAGAAGUACUCUUAGUUAACUAUGUUCCCUGUAAGUAUUAAAUUUUGGUCUCAUUUUAUAAUAAAGUGAUAGGCAUUUAUUGAAAGGCAAAAUGAGGUUCAAAAAUGUGGAGGAAAAUCACAUAGUGAAAAAGUGGUUUUGAGGUCCCUACAAAAAAUUCAUAACUUUUUAUCCACUUGAGCUAGAAAGUUGAUCUUGGUGUUUUUGUAAUCUAUUCUCCAGGCUCUAUACAGCUGUAGUAUUGUUAUAUUUUUAAAAAUGUUUUGAAAUUUUCAUCAAAGUACCUACUAUAGUGUCUAUAAGCCAGAUAAUAUCUAAUACUGUCUAGGCCAGGGGUCGGGAACCUUUUUGUCUGACAGAGCCAUGGACACCACAUAUUUUGAAAAGUAAUUCUGUGAGAGCCAUACAUUAUAUUUAAAACUAAAAAUUCAAGUAAAUGUGUGCAUUUUGUGUAAUUUCAACACUAAAAAUGCAAUAAUUAUGUCUCUGAAUUCUUUUUAAUAACAUUGUUAUGCUGUUUCUAAUCAAUAAUGAGUAUUUCUUACCAUUAAUGCGACUUUUUUUUAUUAAUCGAACAUAUGUCUGCGAGCCAGAUCCAGCCAUCAAUAGAGUCACAUCUUGCUCGUGAGCCAUAGGUUCCCGACCCCAGGUCUAGGCCUAUAGUAUAAAAGGCCUAUUUUAUUCUAUAACAGUGGUUUCCAUAUAUGUACUUGUAGCAGAGCCCUAAGCCUAAGCAUGCACGUCUAUUGGGCUCUUCUGCCACUACCCCCCUCCCCUCUAACUACUCCUAAAGAUAAUAAACUUGUAAAACAUCAUAAGGUGAUUUUGAAAGGAAAAGGUUUCCAGAACUCAAAAAGGUUGGGAACCACUGGUCUAUAGGCUACAUACCUACAUUUUACAAGUUGUAGUAACACAUAAUUCAUAAUUAAAAUACAGAGUAAAAAGACUUGUGAGACAGGUGGAACAUAUUUCAACAACCUACUGUCGACAUGGACAUACCAAAUGAGAAAGAGCAAGCUGUAGAUGGUAAACAUGACAAUUCUCUUAAUACUUAUAGAAUUCUUUGUCUCUAAAAGGGGCUGGCAAUUUUUAGGACAAUAAUUAAAGAUAUAUGGAUAAUUACUUUUAACACAGUUAAUAUAUAUUCGCAUUUAGAUCGCAACAUUAGAAAAGUUGCACCAUUAGUUAUGAUGAGUUAUCAAAGUGGAUAUUUGUGGUUGACUUGAAGAUAGGUCACACCAUAAAUUUGGGUUGGUACAAGGCCCAUUUUAAUGUACAUAUAAAUAAUAUUUGUUAAACAGACGUAGAAACAAAAAUGUUUCCAUAAUAACUUAAAAACUGAAAAGCCAGCAUGAACUAUUUGAUAUUUUAUUAAACAUAAAAAUGGCUUGCCCUAUGCUUGUGCAAUGGUAAAAAAUGGUCCUAUGACUUUUUGUAUAAAUGAACACUUCACAUCAGAAAACAGUAAAUUUUAUCAAAAUUUUGGUUAAAAAAUACGUAUAUGCUGCAAGUGUAUGUUAGAGACAAAAAAGUAAGUAGGCCAAUUUUAUCCUUUGAAAGGAAGCAAUAUUUUGGAGUUAUGUCCUAAAAAUCAUUUGUGAAAAGCACUUUGGUUGAGACAGAAUAUAUAAUAAUUAAGCAACUAAAUGUGGAGGUGAGAGAAAGAAGCUCCUAUAAAUUUUAAAUUCUUUGAAUUUAAUUUCUCAAACAAUAAGAAUAUUAAAAAUUUUAAUAAAAUUUCUAUAAGUUAAGUAUAAGUAUAUAUUGGUGAAUUUUAGCCACAAUUAUUUUUUUGCCUGGCAGAAUUGGAUGGCUUCAAAAAAGAUGUCAAAGAUAAAUUCAAGAAACUCUUUUGUAUUUCGGGGUAAGGAUUUAUGAUUAUUUUUGUUUCAAAUGGAAGAGAAUUUUAAAAAGUUGAUAGCAUGAAAUACUUUGAAUUAUUCUGUAGGAGUAGUCAUUGUCUUAACAAGUCUACAAGAUAAAUAUACUGCUUUCUGUAUCUGGCUGCUGUCUAAAUAGACAUUAAUAUUCAUAUGUAAAAUAAUUUGCUGUACCGUUUUCAUGGAUUGUAAACGUGCACCACAGAAUUAUGUGAGGGCAUGUUUUGGUAUUAUACUUUUGUUUUUAUAAUGCGCCUUUUUUUCUCAACUUCUGUUUUUAACGAUAAUAUAGAGCGCUUCCUGCUCUACAUUGAGAAUGUUGAGCUACCUUGACAUUAUUGAGAUGUUGAAAAACAUUAAGUUUUAUAUUUGAUUUCAAUUCAUCUGUUGUUAAUAUUGAAAUUUCCGUCGAGGAAGGCAUCUAGCCAAUUCAUCAGUUUAAUUGUUCUGACUUUUUUUCAAGCCUACACUAAUAAUAAUAAUAAAGUUAAUUUAAAAAACAUGCUUCAUCCCCAAAAGCUCGAAGUGCGGUACAAAAUCAACCAUAUUAAAAAGAGAAAUAAAAAACAAUCUAAAAUUUACCCCAUUUAAAAAACAGACGCAACAAUAUAAAACUACAUACGAGCAUACAAGUCAAAGUCUUUCAUCCCAUUUCAACCAUAAGAAACACAAGCCAAUAUACCUUAACUGGAAAAAGAUGGUAGAUAGCAUCACACCAGAAAGUGUUUGCGAAAUAGCUGUGUUUUAAAUCAGUUUUAAAGGAGUCCAGUGUCUGGCUGUUUCUGAGAGCGACUGGAAGUGCGUUCCAAAUUGUUGGGCCAGCAAAUGCAAAAGUGCGCUUUCCGUAAGUCUCAUGGCGAACACACGAUAUCAAUAUUUUGCCACUAUCUGAUGAGUGGAGCUGUCCAGUGUGUACAUAAGGCAUCAUGAGUGCUUUGAGAUAGAACGGCGCCAGGUCAUGUAAGCAGCGGUAGCACAAAGUUGCAAUUUAGUACUCUAUGUGAACACAGAACGGCAGCCAGUGCAGCUCUCUCAGAAGUGUUUUAGCAUGGUCGAAUUUGCAUUUGCAAAGAACAAUGCGAGCUGUAUUAUUCUGUGCUCUUUGAAUUUUAUCCAGGAGCGUAGCUGGGAGACUCACAAUGAGAGCAAUGCAGUAGUCCAUGCGUGAUAACACAAUUGCAGACAGCAGCCUCUUUGAUGCUUCGAACGUUAAGAAAAGUCGGAUAUGACUAAUCCUGCGCAGCUCUAGAAAAAUCGCCUUGUAAAGCAUGUUAAUGUGAUUUUCCAUAGUUAGUGAUCUGUCUAAGUAGACACCCAGGUUUUGCACUGUUUGAGCAAACUCAAUCUGCAUACCUGAGAGAGUAACUGAUGUUGUGUUUUUUUACAGAUUUUUGUUUCUGAGCAAUGGCAAUGGGGAUCAGCUUAGUCUUUUCAUCAUUCAAUUUGAGCUUGUUUAUGGUCAUCCAGUGUUUAAUUGACUGGACUGUCUUCUGUGUCGUACUAAGAAGUUGAUCAUGGAUUGAUGAAGUUUUGUAUCGUCCGCGAACAUGUGAUACAGCAUGUCAAACUGUUUGAUCACUGCACCCAGUGGCUGAACGUACAUAGUGAAAAGCACCGGGCCUAGGACCGAGCCCUGGGGUACUCCGAAUUCAAUUAUAGAUUGCUUCGAGGUCAAGCCUCUUUACUUCAUCUGGCUUGAAGGCAGUCUCUUAUGUACAUGAUUAUAGAUUUUACCAUGGUGGGAGUGUGCAUCUAACAUAUUUGGGGGUUGGGAUCCAAAGGACACAACUGUUUAUUAAAUACUACAGAUUUAAAAAAAAUUUCCCAAUCCAGUCCUGUACCCCAUGUACACAAAAUAGACAUAAUAAUAGUUUGAGCUUCUUUGUGCUCUGUACACUUGCUUACAAAAUAAGUAAUCUUUAUAUAGUUUCUUAAGUCCUGUUUGAAAUACUCCAUCAGUCCUCUCUAUACCUUUCUGGGACAUCUCUAGUGUUUAGGUUCACUCUGUCUACCUUUAACUUCACUGACUAAUCUCUCCUGUGUUCACUGAAUAAUCUCUCCUGUGUUCACAGACUAAUCUCUCCUGUGUUCACUGACUUAUCUCGCCUGUGUUCACUGACUAAAAUCUGCUGUGUUCACCAACUAAUCUCUCAUGUGUUUUGCUAGCUAAUCUCUCCAGUGUUCCCUGAAUAAUCUCUCCUGUGUUCACUGACUAAUCUCUCCUGCGUUCACUGACUAAUCUCGCCUGUGUUCACUGACUAAUCUCUCCUGUGUUCACUUUAAUUAUUCUGUGUAAUCCUCUACAUUUAUUUAGUUCAACCAACAUCACCCAAGAAGAUCUUAUGUUCACUGAUUGUCCCUCUAUACCUUUGAGAAUUAACUAUACACAUCCAGUUGCCUGUUUCGUCUUUUCAAUAUCAGCAUAUAAAAUAUUAGAAAUAAUAAACAUGAUAAUUUUUAAAAUAAAAGUAAUGAAAUUUGUCAUUUUAAAAAAAAACUCUCAGCAUAUAGAACAUUUGAAAUAAUAAACAUGAUAUUUUUGUUAUUAAAUUAAUGAAAUAUUUCAUUUUCUCCAGAAAGAGCAAGUCAUUUGAGACCCCACGGACAGAGUCUUUCAAGGAGUUUUCAGAAACUAAAACUGCUUUAGUGUCCUCUAAACACAGCGACCAUCCAGAAGUUCACAAAACUAAAACAGCUUCAGCGCCAGCACCUUACAAAUCUAAAGACCAGAACCAUGAAAACACAGACAUUUAUAAUUUUAAUUACCCUAAACGGGGUCUAGCCAUAAUUAUAAAUAAUGAAGAUUUCAGUAAAACUAAAGAUUUCAGUGAUAGACCUGGGUCAUCAAGAGAUGCGGAGACACUCUACGACACCUUCACUCGCUUGAGUUUCGAUGUGGUUACAUACAGAGACCUAACUGCUAAACAGAUGCAAGCUCUCCUUCAGUUAGGUGAAGUGAUUCAUUUCAUCUAUGCCAUGUUCCAUUAAAGUGCUUCUCUAAUUUCUUUUUGACUCUGCUUUAUUGAGGUCAAAGUAACCGCAGUGUAACAGGUGAAGCAUGUCUUCUUGAAGCUCGUUUUCUUUCGUCAUAUUAUUUCAAGUAUUUCACAAUUGUAGAUAUUGCCUGUAAUUGUCUAUUAUUUUAUUAAAUAGUUGGGGCUCGUUCAUACCUUUAUAUGAUUUUGAAAAUUUAAUCUGUGUUAAGAUUUGGCUUGUUAAAUAAACAAUUUGUAACUAAGAAUUGAAAAAAAAAAACAGUAUGCAAAGAAAAAGGAUACCAAAGCUAGUAAUACCAACAAUAUUUAAUUUAAUAAUACUAUUUCUGUAAUAAUAAACAUUAUAAUAAUAACAUUUCUGUAAAAAUACAAAUUCAGAUAUACAGAAAAAAAAAUCUAUAUGAACAUACACCACAGUAGGUGAAAAUGUACAAUCCUCAAAAGAUACAAAUAUGUAUUUACACACACAUAAAGAAUACAAUCUCACAAGUAUAUUAUGUCUUGUAAAUUUCUAGUAAUAUUAGCAAAAAAUCUUUCUCUGCUAGGAAAGCUGCCGGCCUAUAAAUAUGGAUUAAAUCAGAACCAUCCAGAAAAGAAAUUGUAAAUUUAUAUUACUAAAAGAUUCUUAAAAUUCUUGAAAACUGUUAUGUUGGUCGCAUGCUUUCAUCUUUUUUUUUCUUUUAUCUAGGAUGCUCCAUGAACCCGUAGGGUGUUGCAAAACUUUGUAACCACCGUAGAAGAUGUUAGCUGUUGAUAGUAUUGUGCAGUGUUCUUGUUUUGACUUGAUUGACAGACAUUAAAAAAAAGUUAAAACAUACAAAAGCAAAAGCUGUUUCAGACUUUCACAGUUUUGUAAAAUCUUCAAAUGUUGAAUUUCAUUAGACUUAUAUUUAUCUGUCUUUUAGCUACUAAAAAAUAUGAUCACUCCAAUGCGGAUUGCUUUGUUUGUACCGUAUUGACUCACGGAGAUCAAACCUGGGUAGAGCGGGAGUACAAGAGGACUCGGAUAAAAGAGAGGCGGGAUUUGCUCUUUGGUGUUGAUGGGGAAGCCGUGCCUACAAAGUUGGUCAUAGAAUCUUUUAAUGACGACAACUGCCCUGGCCUUGCAGGAAAACCACGUUUAUUUUUUUUCCAGGUAAGUUAUAAGUGUUUUGAUCUUAUUGUUAGACACAGAAUUGUACAAUGACAGUAUCAAUCAUCUUUUAUCAAUGACAAUUUAACUAGACACAGAACUGUACAAUAACAGUAUCAAUCAUCUUUUAUCAAUGACAAUUUAACUCGACACAGAAUUGUACAAAAACGUUUCAAUCAGCUAAUCAAGCUUGCUGCUGAUAACAAAUUUCUCUCAAUUUGCAAGGCUUGCAGGGGUACAAAACUUGAUGACGGUCUUGAUAUCAAUGUGACGGUGUCACGUACAAACAACAUUAAAAUAGGCCUGGGCGAAGAUGGCACAGAUCAUUCAAGUAGCACAGAUAAACCUGGAGAACCUUUUUCCAGCAGUGUUGACCCACCCAAGUAUCAUCAAAAACUAGGAAUGGAUCAUGAUAGGACAGAUGCAAAGCCCAGUGUUCAGGAGCAAAGUAGUGGACAGGAUGAAACAGAAUACUCAUCUUUCAGGCUUCGGGAUCUGCCCACAAGCCCUGCUCCUCUGUACAAAGAUUGCCUUGUCAUGUAUGCCACUCCUCCAGGUAAAACAGAUACCGGUAUUUAGAGCAUGUUAAGAUAGUUUAACUUUGCCAUCACCAUCAGAUUAUGGCUUUCUGGAAUAUUGGUUUCAACAUAGAUGAACAGCAAGCCAAUUCUGUAUUCUGAUGUCCAGCCUUAAACUUAAACCCAAAUAUACGAAAUAUUAUAUUUAUUUUAACUUUUUGCAUCACUCCUAAGUAGCUGUCCUUGACUAAGAGAGUUAGUAUUUGGAUCCAACCUUUUAUCUGAAAUCUAAUGACAGAGUGCAAGUUUUGUCAUCUAGAACCGAAAUAUGUAAUAAUAACUAUUCCUAUAUUCUCAUUGGAUUGAAAUAAAAUAAGUUAGAAUCAAGAAGUAAAAGUCAUCAAGCAGAUACAUACUGAUGUUCACAAAGCCUUGAUGUUAAACUACAUUGUGACCAAUUUAUCUUUGGAUGUCAUGACAUUAGAGAUAUUAGACUACAUUGUGACCAAUUUAUCUUUGGAUGUCAUGACAUUAGAGAUGUUAGACUACAUUGUGACCAAUUUAUCUUUGGAUGUCAUGACAUUAGAGAGGGUAGACUACAUUGUGACCAAUUUAUCUUUGGAUGUCAUGACAUUAGAGAUGUUAGACUAUAUUGUGACCAAUUUAUCUUUGGAUGUCAUGACAUUAGAGGUGGUAGACUACAUUGUGACCAAUUUAUCUUUGGAUGUCAUGACAUUAGAUGUGGUAGACUACAUUGUGACCAAUUUAUCUUUGGAUGUCAUGACAUUAGAGAGGGUAGACUACAUUGUGACCAAUUUAUCUUUGGAUGUCAUGACAUUAGAGAUAUUCUGAUAGUGUAACAAAAUGAGCAUCUACUUGUUGAUGGCAGGUGAACUCCAUCGUAACUGACGUAACUUUCAGAAAAAAUAGUUUCAAUUUGCAUCCACUAUAAAUGAAAAAUGCCAUUUAGUGUGUUUAAUUUAACUCUACAUGGUUUUGGGUCUUAAGCUGGUAGAGUGUAAAACAAUAGUAUUUAUAAAUAUAUAUUAUAUAUGUAUAAACAUAAGAAUAAAAAUACAGUGGAACCUCUCAUAACAAGUUUAAUUCGUUCCAGACUCUUACUCGUUAAGUGAAACACUCGUUAAACGAAACAAUUUUCCAAUACAAAUCAAUGUAAAAUAUGAUAAUGCGUUCCAUGCUGAAAAAAUACUUAUUUUUCAAAAAAUUGUAUUAACAUUAUUCAAAUAAAAUUACUUAUGAAUUGUUAAGGAGUGUAACAACUUGGAAUGCAAUUUAGAUUUGAAACAAAAAACGUAAAUAAAAAUAUGUAUUUAUGACAAAUACUUAAUCCUUUUUAACUAGAAAACUGUCUAACGACAUUUGUUUUUGCAGACGCUUCAAAAUUUGACGAAAAUGUGUCACAGCAUUAUCAUUGAAUAAAUUUGUAGCUCGAAUAGCCACCUCCUUAUUAGGGUAAUGCUUCACAAUGUACGAUGCAACAGUUUCCCUUCCCUUUAAAGCAUCCAUCUCCUUAAUUUUGUUUUUGUUCUUGAGAAUAGUGCAGAUCGUUGAUGUUGACCCAUUGUAUGUGCGCACUAGAUUAGCCAUUAGAACCUUGUUCUCGCUUUUCAAUGAUUUUACUUUUCAUUUCAACGGUUAAUUUUUUUCUCUCUUAUGAUUGUCUUCUUGUGGUUUUUUCUUCGAAGACAUUUUAUCCCAGGUUAUUACACUUAGCACAUAAAAGAAUUACGAAUACUGUCUGAAUACAAAAUUUGUAAAAACUGGUAUUCACACACGAAAACAAUACACUAACAGACGAAAUCUCGGCUCACAAAUGAAUGUCAGGAAAAAGGGACUGCCCCUUUCUGCGUAACUCCUUAUUCGAAAUAUCGCUCGUUAAGGGAGCAAAUUCUUCACAUUUUUUUUGCUUGUUAUUUGAAUUACUCGUUAUGAGAGGUGCUCGUUAUGAGAGGUUCCACUGUAAUACAUUUUGGAAUUGAGACUGAUGAAAAACACGAAGAAGCCAUCAUUAUGUGCAUUACAAUUGUUUUUGUUUACUUCAAAUAACAUGAAAGUAACCCCCCCAAAAAUCAUCCAGAGAAAGCUGUGUAUACUCAUGUAAUUAUUUAUUAACAUCGAGGGUUUUAAAAAUGAUUAUUAUGUGAGUAAAAGACUUAAAAACUAAUAAAUAUACAAUAUAAUGUAGAAGACAGGUAGUCUCUUCUCGUGUCUAUUUCUAAUGAACAUUUACAAAAAUAGAUGUCUGUCGCUUGGAAAGAAAUAUGUUGUCACCUUGUAUUCUUCAUGCAUCUGCUCUUAAUGUCAAUGAACAAGUUUGCUUUAGUGAGCCGUCUGGUAACUGGUAUUAAAUAUUAUCUCUGAUGAUCUAAAAAUAGAUUUCAACUGCUGCUACACCGUAUAAAAAAUUAAAAUCUGACUUUUUUAUGUGGAACUGUUUUGAAGACAUUUUGUAAGAACAUAAACUGGUGACCUAAUUUUUCAAUGGUGACGUCGGUUUAUUACUUUUUUCGUCAGUGUUUUCUAUAAUUGAAUGAAUUUACUUAGAGAAAAUGAUAAAAAUCUCUCAUGACCCAUGUAAAAACCGACCACUCCACCCUUUAGCCUUGUAAUAUUCCCCAAAAAAUUCAGCUUUUUGUCAAUUAUAUACAACACAUCUCAAACUAUUGAAAUUUUCACAGCGCAGAAUUCGUAAAAAAAAGAAACAAAUCAAUGGAUCAUGUUAUAUUAAAAAAGAGAUGAAGAAAUAUAGAAAUAUAAGAUGACCCCUAAUGACUGGUACUUUGCUGUUAUGGUACAAAUUAGUUAAAAUCCUAUAAUAAAAAUACCUGACCAUAAAUUAUAUUAUCUGGAUGGCAUUUUCUGAUAACCCAAGGAUGAUCUAACUAUUCAUGAUUAUAGGUCACUUAGACUGAUUACUGUUAAUUAAAUUGGUUCAACCCAACUCUCUAAAAAUGUACACACACUGUUUUUAACCACAUUUUGAACAGAUGCAUCAUAAAUAAAUUGUCCUAUAAAUAAAUUUUAUCUUGUCCAAUGCAUACAUUUUAAUAUUUCCAUUACCGUUUAACUUGUUAAAUGCAUACCUUUCAACUCGUCCUAUGCAUAACUUUAAAUUUAUCCAAUACGUAUUUAAAACUAGAAUUUUUUGCUCCAUCAAACCAAGGCUUUCUUUCAUGGCGUCGAGAAAACGGUUCGUGGUUUAUUCAGUCUCUGUGUAAAGUGUUAGACAGCGCCGGCAUCAGAUCUGGCACAAUGCCUUUGGUCAAGGCUUUGGCUCAAGUCUCAGGAUACGUUGGCAAAUAUUAUGAGUCGUAUUUGCCAGAAGAGCCAGACCAACACGCCAAGAAGGAAUCUCCCGUGUUAUAUUCAAUGCUGAUCAAAGACGUUUUUCUCAAAAAGAAGUCGGAAGAGUCAACCCAGAACUUUUUUUUUGCAAAGAGUUCGUCAUGAUUAAUUCAAUGCAUGGCUUAAUUUAUCAAAGGUUGGAUCCUAGGUUUUAUAAAAGUAAAAUAAAAUAAAUGGUUUACCAUUUAAGGACAUUUAAGUUUAAGGCAUAAGUCAAAAUUUCAUUUAAUAAUCUAGUAUAAAAUUCAAAUUAAUUAAAAUUAUUUUAAAUUUUAGAAAACAUUCUAAAAAUCAUAUUGUGAUCUUUCUCGUCUUACCCAUUUCAGGUCAUUUUGCUUGGAGAAGAAAAACUGGGGCUUGGUUUGUUCAAUCUCUUUGUAUGAUUCUAAAUAAUUCUGGAAUUGGUCAGUGGUCUUUGGUCAAAGCUUUGGUUCUGGUCAACAAAAAUGUUGCUUUGUUCUAUCAGUCUGACAACCCCAAUAGACCCAGCAUGGACAUGAAGAAAGAGAUGCCUGUCUUCCAGACCAUGCUGGUCAAGGACAUCUACUUGACACCCAAACAUUAAUUUCAUUGUUUUUAAAACCACACAUUCUUCAGUCAUUGGGGAAAUUAAUAUAAAUGAUAUAAAUAACGAAAGAGAGUGAGAGAGAGAAGAUAAAAUUAAUUCAAGUGAUAAAUAGAUCAGUUAUCCAUGAUAUUUGAUGCUUCCAAUCUUUAUCUAAUAUUAUCUACAUAUGUUUAUAUAGUUUGGGAUUAUUUUCUGUUGCCUUUUUGAAUAGGAUAUAUUUGUCUUGAAGUUAGCCAUUCUUUACUGCAAACACUGGAUCUACUGCUUGUUUCCAAGAUUUAAAGCAGACAAUUUUAAAAAUAAGGUGUUUCUAAAAAAUUAAACCUUACACAAAUAAGUUAAACCUUAUACAAAUACGUUCGUUAUAUUUGUAUGCUUCAAUUUUUUCCCUAUUUCAUGGUGUGCUCUUUUUCAUUGUAAAACCAUUGAGUUGAUGUCAGUUUUUAUACUAGAAGUGUUUUUUCAAUUUUUAAUUUUUUGAUUAGACAACUUGGAUAUGCUUGUGAAAAGUUUACACUUAGAAACACUUAGAAGCUCAGGCCUUUCAACGCCUUUUUUUUAUUAAUUAAAAAAUAAAAAUUCUUUUUACAUGGCUAGAAUUAACAACAAAAGAUUUCUUUGGACUUUUGGUCAAAGAUUAUUGAUGUACGGUAUCAUGUUUGUUCUGCAAUUGUUCGGGAUGUGUUGAUCUUCACUCUUCCACAACAUUUUUUAUUUGACCAGUUUUUACAGUUUUCAUUUAGUUUUACAAAAUACUAAAAUAAUUAUUUUUAAUCAUGAAUAAAGUAAAAUAAUAUUUUUGCUCCGAAAUCUACAAUACUUUUAAAAAGGAAUACUGUCAAUAGAUCCAGUUUAUACAUAUUUGUACUGGAAUUUUAUUUAUUGUUUGUUUUUAACAAUGCCAUGAAAUGACUGUGUAUGAAAUCACUGUGUAUAUUAUCAAACAAGUUGGGUUUUAACUUUGUUGGAAACCAAAUUUUUUUUACAACGUUCUACAACUCUGUUGAGUGAUGGGACCAAUGGUUGAAGUGUUAAGUAAUGGGACCAAUGGUUGAAGUGAUUUGAACAUUUUGUAAACAAUGUUACUUGUUGCAUUUGUUGUUUUUAUGGAAACACUUCUACAAUUGGAUUUCUUCUUUAAUGAUAUAAAACUGAGUUUAUACACACCAUUUCUUUUACAACUUUAAUUUACAACAUUUUUGUUUGGUAAUUUUUUAUCUGCAUCUUUCAAAGAAGAAAAAAAAAUGAUAUUUUGAAGUAAAUAGGCCUAUAAGUUAUUAAUGUAGCAAGCGUUUAAUGUUUCAGCUCUAGCAGCCAUGGGUCUGUCAUUUAAGUUUUAAGUGGACAAAAAAAAACUCACCCAAAAUUUACAUGAAUAAAAAUUAAAAAGAAUAAAUCAAACUGCUGAUAGUGUAAAUAAAAAAUUGUGAGCUUGUAAAUAACAAAGUUAAAUGAAUAGGAAUAACCCACGCACUGUAUGUUAUGCAACAUUUCAAAGUUUCAACUCUCUGUCUGCUAUUACUUCUCACAAAGACACUGCCAUCUAAGUGCCUAUAUUGAUUCUAUUACAUCUUGUUGUUUUUGUUUUCCCACCAUUUUUUAUGUCUAUCUGCCAUUUAAAUAAUCUUAACAAAAUAUGUCACCAGGAGGGAUAUCCUUAAAAUUAAGAUUAUAAAACUGGAUAAAAGUACAAGCAUAUUUGGUUUUGACCUAAUGACAUUACUUGAUUUCUGGGUAUUUUGUUAGUGGUUAUAGUUUUGGAAUAAAGGAAGCUCUCAGUUCUGUACAACUUUUGUGUUGAUAGGCAUGAUGGCACAGCUGUGUGCCCCAGCUCACAUAUCAACCUUGAUAUGCAUGAUGGCACAGCUGUGUGCCCCAACUCACACAUCAAUCCUGAAAUGGCACAGUUGUGUGUCCUAGAGCACAUAUUGGUAACGCUGCUCAAAUUGUGUUAGUUUGUUCCAUCAGAUUAUUGGUGUACCAUUUUUAAGUACACUAACCACAUUUUAAAGUAUUUCCUGUUUAUAAUGUAUAUUUAGUCGAAUAAAUUGCAGUGAAUACAAUUUUGGAGACAUCAUUAUCUCAUUGUUAGUCAUAUUUUUAAAAAAUAUUUAUUAUCACUCAAUUUUAUAAUUUCUGAAUAAAAAAAUGAUUUUGCUCAUUAAAAAAUUGGAUUUGAUACCAUCAUCUUUAUUUGCAAUUUUUAUAGACUUUUUGAUAUUGUGUUUGGAUUAGCAACAUCUAUUUGCAUUAUUGUUAAUAGUUUAUUUUUUGUUAAGAAUUGUGAAAGUUAAGAUAAUAUGACAAAAGCAAGAAUUUAUUUAUUUGCAUAAAAUCAUAGCUUUAAUUUACUAAAUAUUCUUUUGUAAAUUUGGAAACAAAUAUCUUGUCAUAUUAAUUAUUUCAUGGUCUAUUAUUAUGAAAGUGAAUUUUUUUCAAAUGAUCAUAUAUAAAGUACUGUACCCAACAGGACAUGGGAAGGAAAUGGUAGAACUGGAUGUGUGAAAGGAAAAAAAACAGGACAGUUAAAUGAUUGCUUCAGCUAGUAUCAUGCAUUGUCAUCAGGAGACAUUGUUUCAGCUAUUAUCAUUCAUUGUCAUCAGGAGACAUUGUUUCAGCUAGUAUCAUUCAUUGUCAUCAGGGGACAAAACAGCAAGAAAGUAAAGAGAGAAUGAGAAAAACUGAAUUGAACCUAUCAGUAGUGAGAAUAAUAUGUUUAGCGAAAAGAAGUUGUCUAAAACCAAAAUGUAUGUGUUAAACAUUUGAUGGUCAUGUUUUUUCUUUAGAAGCUUUCACAUAUCCUAUUCUAAUGUUUCUGUCAAAUAAACAUUUUAAUUUCAGUACAUAUGACUCAAGCCACUUUUUGUUGCCUACUUAUUAAGAUCUCAUUUAAAUGUAUCUGAUAAUAUUAUUUUUACUGAUUUGUAUUCUGUGGCACAGUUACAAAUGUAUACCAAUAUCUAAACUCAAAAUAAUUGUUUUAAAAAUGAUUGAUGCAUGUCAUGUCAGUAUUUUCUGCAUACAUUUUUUAUAUUUUUUUUUAAAAUUAUCUCAUAAAUUCUCAGCCUGUCCAUGACUUUUCAACCAAAAGUGCUUCAAAAUUUUAAGAAUUUUCUAUACUCGAUUUUACUUCAUGAUUUGUUUCUACGAUUUUCCUGUAUACAAAACUAAAGCUUUGUUUAAUGUAAAAUAAUUGAUGCAAUCUAAUAUUUUUGAAAUGUUUUCUCUAAGUAAAGGUCAUUGACAUCAUGUAUCCCUCUCUUCUUUGACCUACCUAUUUAACUUAUAGACAAAAUCUGCUGGCUCAUUAUAUGUUAACUGUUAGUUUUGUAAGCAAAUAGUGAUAUUUAGCUUUUGCAUGCAUUCCCAAGAAAUUUGAAGUCUAUUUACAUUUUAUGAUGGUUAAAUUUCAUUUGCAAGCUAAAAAAUAUGUCUUUAUAUUACAAGGAUUUCUGGUCCUCUCUGAGAAUGUAUGUGAAAUGUUUAAGUCUCAGUUAAUAAUAUUAUUUAUCUACUAUAAUUAAUGAUGGAAAAUUUAAAAACCUGGGUGUUAAUUGUCUUUUAAGUUAGAAUUUUAUUGAGUCCCAUGAUACACAUUGCUUCUAGUGGUUACUAAUCAUAUUUGAUUUACUCGUAAUCUAGCACAAACAUAUUUAUUUCUUAUGGUAAGAAUGCUUCCAUGUACAUACGUGCCUCUAUCAUAUAGGCUUAACCAAUACAAAUUAUCAUGCACAGAAAUGUUUUUUGAAUGUGGAUAUUUUGUUUUGGUUACAUAUAAAAGUUAGUUUUUUUUUUAUAGCUGCAGGUAAUAUGAAACCACACUCUAAUCUGUUACUGUAGUUUUCUUUACUGCUGCAGGUAAUAUGACGCCAGACUCUAAUCUGUUACUGUAGUUUUCUUUAUUGCUCCAGGUAAUAUGACACCAGACUCUAAUCUGUUACUGUAGUUUUCUUUAUUGCUCCAGGUAAUAUGACACCAGACUCU